AUGAAAUUCAGCGUCGCCACCAUUGCCUCCCUGGCGAUCGCAUUUUUCGACCUUGUCACGGCAGUUCCAGCUCCCGAAGCCUUCAACCAGACCGAGAUUGACGCCUUCUGGGACCAAGAAGGCCCCAUCGGCGGCGUUUCCGCCGAUGGCAUCUAUGCCACAAUCUGCAACCGCGGGCAAGACCACACCCCAGAGUCCUACGAUUGCGUUCUCGACCUCAACGGCCGCUGCUCCUACGACGGCAAAUGCUCCCAAUUCAACGUCAACGGCUUCUCGUGCACGAACAUUCCCGGCACGCAGUGCAUCGAGCUUUACAGCUUCACCAGCGUCAACCAGAUGAGUGUCUGCAACCGUGGAGGGUGUGGUGGGCAAUGCAACCCUCUGAAUCGUUUGGAUUAUCAUUAUGAUGCCAAUAGUAGGAUGUACACCGUACCGGUGCCUGGGACGCAGAGUGUGAACAAUAAUCAGCCGUAG